CUGUGCUAACUGUGGUGUGCAGCUGCAGAGAUGCGCGACACGGAAAAACAAGGAGAAACGAUGGAGACGGAGAUGGAGAGACAUCACGGCGGAGGAAAAUAGAGAAUACAUCGUCUGAGAUGCUCCGAGACACCGAGGGACGCCGUCUUCUCUGCGCUCUCUGGACAUAAAAGAACCGCGGACGGUGGGGGGGCUCGGAUCCGCGCAUUGAUCCCGAAUUCGGGGGUGGCGGGGGGGGACGGGAGGGGUCGAUCAUGGGGAACGAAGCGAGCCUGGAAGGAGGCGAAGGGCCGCUGUCGGGGCUGCCAGAGGGGCUGGCACCUGACGGGAAGGGCGGCUUCGUACGGGUGCCCGAAGGGACUCCGGUCAACCUGGCCGAGCUGAGCGAGGAGCAGCGGAGGCAGCUCGCCGCGGUGAUGUCAAGGGCGCAAGGCAGGCAGCCCGGAGGCGCAGCGGCUGCACGAAGACCGUCAGAAUCUGAUGCCCAGCAGCGUCCCCAGCAGGUAGGGGCCUCCAGGGGCCCUACAGGUCUCAGUAAGAGCCGCACUGUAGACGCGUUCAACCAGGGUCCACCAGGCAGGCCCACGCCGGGCCGCAGCCCCUCGUCUCUUAGCCUUUUUGAAAACCGAUUCCGGCAGGAGCCAAAAGACCCAGAGACUAAGUCGUCCGGCAUGUUCGGCUCCAGCUUCCUCAGCGGGGCCAACCCGCUCAGCGCCGUGUCAUCUAUGACCUCCUCUGUGUCUUCGUCCAUAUCCUCCAUAGGCGACAAUGUCACCGUGCCCAAGUUUGGACUGUUUGGUGAUGAAGAGGAUGGAGAUGCACCUGAGACCAAGCAGGGAGGAAAGCCACCAGGCAAGGGCCCCCAGCAAGGGCCCGGUCCAAAGGGACCCCAGCAGGGAGGACCACAAAAACAGGGUCAGGGCCCUCCAGGACAGGGUCCAAAGCCAGGACAAGGACCCCCCGGGCAGGGACCCAGGCAAGGUCAGGGACCACCAGGCCAAGGAGCUAAACCAGGCCAGGGUCCACCUGGUCAAGGACCCCCAGGGCAGGGACCCAGGCAAGGUCAGGGACCACCAGGCCAGGGGCCUAAACCAGGCCAGGGUCCCCCUGGUCAAGGACCCCCUGGGCAGGGACCCAGGCAAGGUCAGGGACCACCAGGCCAGGGGCCUAAACCAGGCCAGGGUCCCCCUGGUCAAGGACCGCCUGGGCAGGGACCCAGGCAAGGUCAGGGACCUCCAGGCCAGGGGCCUAAACCAGGCCAGGGUCCCCCUGGCCAAGGACCCCCUGGGCAGGCCCCCAGGCAAGGUCAAGGACCACCAGGUCCAGGUGCCAAACAGGGUGGGCCUCCCCAACAAGGACCUGGGAAGCCUGGACCCAAACAGCAAGGGCCACCAGGCCAUGGGGCUCAUCCUGGAGAGCCAGCUAAAAGUGGAGGGCCUCCUGGUCAGCAGGGGGCUGGGAAGCCUGGAGGUGGACUCUGUCCACUGUGUAAGACCACCCAGCUGAACACUGGAUCUAAGGACCCGCCUAAUUAUAAUAACUGCACGGAGUGUAAGAACCAGGUCUGCAGCCUGUGUGGGUUCAGCCCCCCAGACUCAGCGGGUAAAGAAUGGCUGUGUCUGAACUGCCAGAUGCAGCGAGCGAUGGGAGGUAUGGAUCCCCCUGGCAUGACAAAACCCAAACAAGGUUCAGCCCCACCCUCGCCCCAGAGACAGGCACCUGGCAAGCCUGGCAAGCUACUGAUAAAGCAGCAGAGUACCAGCGACCAAGGGCUGACGCCUCCAACCACACCAAGGCAGAAAUCCCCGGGUGUUAGCUCCCCUGGACCGCUCUCCCCAGGCUCCUCAAUGGGAGGCUCCCCCAAAAUUGACCCCAAGACAGGACGCCCCAUUCAGGCGAAGUCCAGUCCCCAGGCAUCUCCGGCUAAAGCCAAACAGGAGUCCAGCUUCUUUGGCGGGUUGGGAGGUAUCAGUCUGGGAGGCUUAACAGAAACGGCCAAGCCUUCACAAGCUGCUGAGUCCGUUACGGGGAAACUAUUCGGCGGGUUCGGCGGUUUGAUGGAAUCGUCAAAGCCUCAAGCUCAGGCCGCGCCAAAGCAGGAGGAGUCAGUGGCUGGGAAGUUGUUUGGAGGUUUCGGAGGGUUGACAGAAUCAGCAAAACCUCCUGCUGCUGCCUCUCAGAUGUUCAGCUUUGGUUCGUCACUCUUGAGCUCAGCUACUAAUAUCGUUACCGGAGAGGACGAUAAGGCUUCUCCACCAGGGUCGCCGCCAGACUCCCCUGCUGACUCCGGGCCAGGUUCCCCUCCGGACUCAGGUCCCGGCUCGCCACCUGACUCCCCCUUCUCUGCUCCUGGGUCUCCUCCUGAUUCGGACUCUGCUCCUGACACCCCGCCGGCUAGGUCCAGGAAACCCCUUAGAACCAUUUCCGUGGAGAAGGAAGAGAAGGCCCCGGCAGCCAAACCUGCACCUGCACCUGCACCUGCCGCAGCAUCAGCAGCCAAGGAAAGCUGCCCUCUCUGUAAUGUGGACCUAAACGUUGGAUCAGCAGACACGCCCAACUACAGCCUUUGCACCGAGUGCAAGAAGAAAGUGUGUAAUCUGUGUGGAUUUAAUCCGACUCCCCACCUAGGAGAGAAAGAAUGGCUUUGCCUCAACUGUCAGACCCAAAGAGCCAUGUCAGGCCAGCUGGGAGACAUGCCUCCACCAGCCAUGGCUUCCCCGAAGAAGCAACCACCCUCUCCUGCUCCUGUUCCUGCUCCUGCUCCCUCCUCCACCCCUGCCCCCACUGCUGUAGAUAGCAAACCUGUAGUAGAAGCAGCAGACCCAACCCCAGCAGCACCUGAUGCCAAGGUGAAAAAGGUAGAGACCUUGAAAGAGCCUGGAGACAAAGAAGUGGCUGCCAAGGAUGGCAGUCCCACCAGCCCAUCAGACCUAGCAAAGUUGGAAAGCACUGUUCUUCCCAUUCUUGAGGCCCAGGCUAGCACGCAACCAAAGGAUGAGGAGAAACUAACAGACACUCUAAAGACCAGACGUAAAUUAGAGGUGCUACCUCUCUCACCGGACUCACCUAGCUCAGAGGAGGACAGAGAACUUUCUGAGAAGAACGCCAAAGGUACCACAAAGAAAAAGCUCCUUGUGCCCAUGGAUGUCAGAGCAGAUUCCCUCGAUGAUAGCAGUGAAAGCUUUGGAAAAGAGAGCCCAAUGUCGGGGGAUGAUGAAGAUUUUAUCAGAAAACAGAUCAUGGAAAUGAGUGAGAACGAGGAUGCUUCCCCGUCCGAUGAGGAAAAUGUAAUUCGGCGAAAGAUCAGGGAGGAUGAGAAGAAAAAAAUGGAACAGAAGAAAACAGAGUCUGUAGAGAGGAGCACAUCUGGUAAAGCUAGGAGGCUUACUAAGAAAAGCACUAUAAGUCCAGAUGAUGAAGGAGAAAAGCAACUCAGAGACUCAUUGGAUAAACCUGAUCUAGACAAAGAGGAAGGAUCAGAAGCAAAAGAAGAGGAACGUCAAACUGGUACUGCAGUUCGUAAAUUCCAAACUAUGGAGCUGAAUGCAACCAGCAGCCCUAUGCGUAUACCUAAUGAUGAUGGAGAGCCUGAAAUGGAAAGCCUUACUGACUCCCCAGAUGAUCGGUCAAGAGGUGAGGGGUCAUCCAGUCUACAUGCAUCCAGCUUCACUCCUGGGACAUCCCCAACAUCCCUGUCAUCACUGGAUGAAGACAGUGACAGCAGUAGUCCCGGACAUAUCCGUUCUGGUGAGGGUAAACAACACAGGAAAGCCAAACACAGACAACCUGGUCAAAUGCUGCCAACUAUUGAAGACUCUUCUGAAGAAGAAGAGUUACGGGAAGAAGAGGAGCUCCUCAGGGAGCAAGAAAAACAGAAGGGCUCAGGAAAAAAAUCCAAGAAAGACAAAGAUGAAAUUCGAGCCCAGAGGAGGCGAGACAAUACAAAGACACCACCAAGCAACCUGUCACCCAUUGAAGAUGCCUCACCAACUGAGGAACUCAGGCAAGAAGCUGAAAUGGAGGAGAUUAGACGAUCGUCCUGCUCUGAUUUCUCCCCUAGUAUUGAUUCAGAUCCUGAAGGGUUUGAAAUACAUGCUGCAAAGAUUGCAGCGGUUCAGAAAACAUAUCAACUGCCUACAUCGGUAUCUCUUCACUCCCCAACAGAUGAUCAAAAUAGUGAUAAAAAACAGAGAAGAACUCUCAAAUCCGCUGAUGAGGCUUAUGAGGAAAUAAUGCUGAGGGCUACAUCUCCAACAGUUGACAAAGGUGAGAUUCAACCUGGAAAAGAGUCCCUGUAUGGAGGCAUGCUCAUUGAAGACUAUGCCUAUGCAUCUCUUAUUGACAAUUCAACAGGGGAUUUGGGGGAGCCAGAGAAGAUUGCUGUUCCUGCUCAGCCGAAAACGCUGAGAUCACCAGAUGAAGUCUAUGAAGACAUGAUAAAAAAGAGGAAAGAAUUCAUGAAGCUGGAGCAGGAAUAUCAAAAUAUGCAGCCAAAAAAAGAAAACACUAACCCAGAAAUUGUCUUAGAACCUGCUGAGAACAUUGUCUCCAAAAGCAGUACAGUUACAUAUGGCAAAGAUGGGAAGCCUUUGUUGGAUGCUGAAACUGCCUAUGAGGAGCUAAUGAAAAGAGUGCUGACUCCUGGAACAAGUCCAACUCAGCUGGAGCCAAAUGUGGAAGCCACUGCAUCUAGAAGGGCACUCCACCCCAUCCCAGACUUAAGGGUGACACAGUGCUCUUCAGGAGAACUGUCUUCUGAUGACGAGACAAUGAGUAAAAAGGGAGAGGAGAGAACUGCAGUAUCAGAUACGAUACCAUCUACAGAAACUGAUGCUGGGACAGUCUGUUCUGAGUAUCCCACCUCAUCCAUAUCAGAUCAGCAACCUCACACCACAGUAACAGCAUCACAGGCUGAUGUUGUGGACUUAUCUAGUGCACUCCCAAGAACAUCAGCCCAUGCGAUUGCUAAUGUAUCACCCUUGCCCACAGUUCCCCAGUACACACCAAGCAUUCCUAGCGUAGUGUCAACUGCCCCACCUGUGCCCCCCAAGCCAAGUGUCCCACGUAGAGCUAAUUCUCAGGAAAUAGAAGAAGUACCUGUUGCACCACCACUGCCUCCUCCGACUCCACCAAAACCUACUGUUUUUCCCAGGAAACCUCCAGUCCCACUUCCCCCUCAGGCUUCAGCCACUCCAAUCAAACCAGAGACUGCAGCCCAAGGAGCACCUACAAGACCAGCAGUUACACCAAUGUACAAACCUCAUGCCCCCCCUCCUGUUCCCCCAAAGCCAUCCAUUCCUGCUGGGAUUGGGGACAGCAGACCAGGACAUGGUGUGAAACCACCAAUCGCACCAAAACCUGGCUCACAGCCUUCCUCACCUGCCCAUGCCCCACACCCACCAAGACCGUCUGUACUUCCCACUGGUCCUGCUGACAUAGCCCUGAAUCUGAGCCCUUCUUCUGAGAGCAAGCCAUUUCAACCCUCACCAAAGUCUCCUUCUUCUCCAAGAUAUGCCAGCAAUCUUCGUGACACAUAUGUGGUCAUCACACUGCCGUCUCAGCCUAGCUCUCCAGUAGACAGUGUCUCAACUCAAGCUCCCUCUAGCCCUGGCCCAGCAUCACCUUUGCGCCAAGCUCAGCCACAAGCUCAGCCCCAAGCUCAGCCCCAAAGUUACUACCAACCACAGCCUCAAACUCAGCCAUAUCUACAGCAGCAUCCACAAACAACCCCUCCCCAAACAACCAGGGUGCCUCUGGCAUUCACUCGUGUCACAGAAUCCAUUGAAAGUCAAGAGAUUUGUGGCCCAGAAAAACACGUGUCUAGUUCUUGUCACAUAAUUGAAGCCAUAUCCGCAUCAGCACAGCCUGUGGUUAUGCCUAAUCUCAUCUCUCAACUGGUCACUACAGAAGUUCAAAGGACCAUGGUUUCUGUUGUUCAUGAAAGGACACCACCGCCAGUGCCAGCUCCAAGGGCAAAUGGUGUCCCAAUCUCGAUGGAGAAACCUAAGCCCCAAUUGCCAGCACAGAAUGGACAGGCCCUUCAAGCAUCUGAGGUGGUAGAUCUUAGGACUAUGAAAGUGGAUGCAGGAUCAGACCUGAAUGGUGUGGACCUGUCUGCUGGCCCAGACCCAAGACGACAGUCCUUUGCAACUGAUGUCAGUCGUCAGAACAGUGCAGUUCAGUCAUCUGUGGUCAACCUCAGUGCUGAAUCAUCCACUGUAUCUAUAGUGACUGAUAGCAUCACCAUUGUGACCUGUUCUGCCACAAUACAGCAAUGUGACAAUGCUGAUAUCGCUCAAGUUUCUUCAGUCCCCCUUCAGCUAACAAAAAAUAAAUCAUUUGAGCCUCUUUCUCAAAUUAUAUAUCGCCCUAUUGAUUCUCAGCCUUCCACUAAUAUUGGUACAGAGAUCCCUAUUAACCUGUCUGUUGGAUCAGGCACAGGUGGAGGAACUUUCCAGACUGCCCCUGUCACUAUUGCACCUGCUUCUAUUUCAAGUGUGGCCAAUGGAUUAACUACAGGUACACCAACAGUGGCAGGAGCUGUUGACCUUACCACAACAAAACCAUUCAAUACUGUGGUAUCAGUCGAUGCUGCUUCUGCAGAAGUAGCCACAGCUGUGAUCAAAGAUGAUGAUGGCAAACCAGUGGAUCUGACAGCAGGAAAAAGAGCUGUAUGCUGUGAUGUUGUAUACAAGCUCCCAUUUGCAGGAAGCUGCACGACUCAGCAACCUACCACACCCCUGCCUGAAGACCGUUUUGGUUAUCGUGAUGACCAUUACCAGUAUGACCGAUCACCUUAUGGAAUGAGAGGUUUUGGUGGAAUAAAACCCUCAAUGUCAGACACUAACCUAGCAGAAGCUGGCCUGUUCUUUUACAAGAGUAAGAACAGCUAUAAUUUCAGUGGUACCACAGAUGGUGCGGUAGAUCUUACCUCUGCAAAGAUUUCUGAUGCAGGUGAAGCUGUUGACUACUCCAAGAAAGGGGCUUACGCAGGAAUGACAAUUCCACCCUAUUCCCAAGCCAGAGUCACAACUGCUGUUGGUACACUCUUUGGUACAAGCAGCGUUUUGAGAUCAUCAAAUGGGGUGGUAUAUUCUUCUGUUGCAGCACCAAUACCAUCUACAUAUGCCAUUACUACCCAACCCGGGUCCAUCUUUAGUACAACAUACAACACCCUGUCAGGUAUGCAUACCAGCGACACCAUGCCUUCCCUGUCCAACCUUCAGAACUUACCACUCACACGGUCGCACAGUUUCCUGUCAACUAUCUCCACUGAUGCAACAGAAGAGCAAGGCGAUGCCCCACUCAAUCUGGAGAUCUCUAGAGGCAGUACUACAGCUGCCCAAGCCCCCAGAGCUACAGCUUCUUUAUCCCUUGACACCUACACCGAUGCAUCCCUGGAAGCCAUAGCUGCUUCACUAGAGGCUCUGUCUUCACCCAUGGUUCCUGGGGAUGGCCAGUAUCAGGCAGAACGUGAGCGGCUAGAGAUGGAGAAACUCAAGCAACAACGCCUGGCAGAGGAAUUAGAGUGGGAGCGCCAGGAGAUUCAGCGGUUCCGUGAGCAUGAACAGCUCCUGGUCCAGAAAGAACUGGAGGAGCUGCAGUCCAUGAAGCAGCAAAUCUUGAACCAACAGGAAGAGGAAAGACAGGCUCACCUUAUGAUGCAGAAAGAAACUUAUGCCCAGCAACAGCAGCAGCUUGAGCAGAUUCAGAGACUGCAAGAGCAACUGCGCCUUCAACUGGAAGAGCAAAAGCUUCGUCAGAUGUACCCAGGUGGGGACAUACCAGGGCAUGGAGUGCAGGAGGCAAUUGUCUUGGGACCUGAUGGCACAGUGUUGUCCCGAAAGAUAACGGAUAGUGGGUGCCAGACAGAUGAAGAGGAUGAGGCAGUCAGCAAAGCCUACACAGCAGGGAGAAAAAAGAGAAGUGCUAAAAAGAGUGUUGACAGUUGUGUGCAGACUGAUGAUGAGGAUCAAGAUGAAUGGGAGGCUCAGACGAGAAGCCGACAAAGCCGGCCACGCACUGCCAGAGGUGAUAGGAGUGGGCAGUCAGAGAUGUCUCUUCAAGCCCACACUGAGAUUUCUAUACAAACAGAUACAGAUGGGAACAUUAGAAUGGACACCAGGAUGGAGCUGUCUGAUUCUGAAAGGACAUCACCAAAGAAAAGACCUACCCCCUUAGAGAUAGGCCAGUCUCCUAACCUCAAAGUUGAUUCCUCUACACUUCAUGCUCCUAAAUCUCCCAAAGUGCUCUAUUCCCCCAUAUCCCCCUGUAUAUCCCCAAGCAAAUCCCUUGAGUUUGUGUCCUAUGAGAAAUCACUGGGUGAUACAAGCCCACAAAAGCUAAGAGGAAGCGAGGACCCAUUAAAAGCCUCUCCAGGAAGUCCCAGAGGGCCAAAAGCCAUGCAGAGAUCCAUGUCUGACCCUAAGCCCAUGAGUCCAACAGGAGAGGAUAAGGCAACAUCUGGCACCCAGUAUGGGGAUAGCUAUACUGGCAAAGGCUCAGGUGGCACACCAACAGGCACUCAGAAGAAAGUGAAGAGGACUCUCCCCAAUCCACCAUCAGAGGAUGAGUCGACAACCACUGGCCAAACAGCAUACAGCACUGGUUCUGCACGCCGAAGAAUGUGCCGCAAUUCCAACAUGGCACGUGCCAAGAUCCUACAAGAUAUUGAUCGAGAGCUAGAUCUUGUGGAACGGGAGUCCUCCAAACUCCGCAAAAGACAAGCAGAGUUAGAUGAGGAAGAGAAAGAGAUUGAUGCCAAACUAAGGUAUUUGGAGAUGGGCAUUAAUCGGCGAAAAGAUGUGCUAUUGAAGGAGAGAGAAAAGAGGGAAAGGGCCUACUUGCAGAGCGUUGCUGAGGACAGGGACUACAUGUCAGACAGUGAGGUUAGUAACAUCCGAGAGACUAGAGGUGGGCGUGGAGAUGGCGAGGAUGAGGAGAUUGAAGGUCAUGGUCUCGAGCGUCCUAGGACAGCUCCACAGUCAGAACUGGAUGACUUUGUCCCACCGCAAACCAAGCAUGAUUAUGGAAAAUACUCAUACCAGUACCCUCAAAGCCAAUACCAGCAGUCACUGUACCAGACUCCUCAGGCCUACCAGUCUCAUUCUCUCUAUUCCUCAGUCCCUUCGCUGACUAGCUCCCAGCAGCAGAGUUACCACCAGAUGCUUCUGUUGCAACAAAAAGCAGCCAGACAAGCAGCCCUUCUCUCAGAGUUAGAUGCAACUAAAUAUGAUGUCAUUAGCCGCCAACCUGAUCCCACAUCAUCAGCUUAUCUGGGAGUAAAGUAUGACAAAUAUGGCAACCACCUUGACCUCAGAGCCUUGGAGGUGGGAAGUCUAGCACGUAGCCCCAUGUCAACUGUCUCUGAUUCCUAUUACACAGAUGUAGAUCACCAUACACCUCGGAGUUACAUGUUGCUGGAAGAUGCUGCAGAACUGGCUAAAAGCUCCACAGGUCUGUCUUCAUCUUAUAGUUUGGCUGAAAGAGAGCUGGCCAAGGCAGAGAAGCUGCUGCGCAGGAGUGCUGCCGAUCUGGGGUCUACUGACUAUCUGGGAUCUACCUCUAGACUCCAUACGUAUGGAAAAACCCCUGAUGAAGAGGAUGCAAUGGAGGAACCGUAUGAGCUUAAACUCCUGAAGCAGCAGCUGAAGCAAGAAUUUAGGAGAAGUACUGGUGGGACAGAAAACCUAGAACAGUUGACAGGUCUCUCCUCCCAGCACUACUACACUCCCAGCUCUGGUGUCUCUAGUUACUCCCAAAGACACUAUCCAAAGACAGAUAAGUACAGUAUCAGUCGUCUUACUCUAGAGAAGCAGGCAGCUAAAAAUCUCCCAGCAUCCAUGUUGUACCAAAAACACAAAACUCCUUUGUUAGAUCCGAAGAUCUCCUCUAAGUAUCCCUCUAUUACAGACACCAGAGGUUUGGAGACAGACUACACCAGCUAUCUUGGUUCUACUAGUGCAUCUACAAGGACCAGCCGGCUCUCACAGGACGAGAUUACCUUUGGCCUUCGUAAGAAUAUUGCAGAGCAGCAAAAAUAUCUGGGGUCCACCUUGGGUGCCAACUUGGCUGGGUCUCUGAACUUGGGCCAGAGCUUAGGUUUGGACUCUGCCUAUCCAAGUGGUAGUCGCUCAAGACCCUCAUCCAGGCCCACAUCAUGCUAUGGUCUGGACUUGUCUAUCAAAAGGGAUCCUUCCAGCUCUUCACUGAGGCUUAAAGGAGACGGUGAAGCAUCUGGAGAUGUACCAAGCUACCAAACACCCUCUGGUCGCACCAAACCAACAAGCCUUCCCAUCGUGCAAAGCGGACGUGGCCGAAUACCCAUAGUGGCCCAGAACUCGGAGGAAGAAAGCCCCCUGAGUCCUGUGGGGCAGCCUAUGGGCAUGGCCCGGGCAUCAGCAGGACCUCUGCCACCCAUCUCUGCUGAUUCAAGGGACCAGUUUGGUUCCUGUCUGUCCUUGCAAGACUCCCAGCAACAGCAACAUAUCAGGGAAGAACCAACCAGGGGUAGGGGUUAUGUGCUGAUGGAUGACCUUCAGGGCACCAUGUCAGAUAGUGAAGCGCUAAGUGAUUCCCUGAUGGCUUUGAACAGAGACGAUGCAACCAAUGCCUACCACCUUAGACGAGAGGAGACCGACUGGUUUGACAAACCUAGGGACGGACGGUCAGAGAACGGACAAGAGAAGAGACAGGGAAAAGGCCCGUACUACCCCUUCCCUCACCUCAGGGUCAAACUGCAGAGGGAUCCCAAAGACCGCAGUGUCUCAGGAAAUGGUCUGGGUAUCCGUGUGGUCGGAGGGAAAGAGGUGCCCGGCUCUAAUGGAGACAUUGGGGCCUACGUUGCCAAAGUCCUGCCUGGUGGAGCUGCCGAACAAACAGGAAAGAUUUUAGAAGGAAUGCAAGUCCUGGAGUGGAAUGGUGUUCUUCUGACGGGGAAAACCUACGAAGAGGUUCAGGGGCUCGUCGGACAGCCGUGUAAUGAGGCGGAAGUGUGCGUCAGACUGGAUCUCAACAUGCUGGCUGAGUCUGAAGGAUCCGACCACCUGGAUUUCCAGGAGCACAGCAAAAGUGACAGACCUCCCAGGUCUCCGGGCGUUGACCCCAAGCAGCUGGCGGCUGAGCUGCAAAAGGUGUCCCAGCAGCAGGGUCCCUCCUCCACCUCCUCCUUGCCUGCCACCACCUCAGCGACCUCCAGCCCUGGUCAGCCAGGAUCGCCCUCCGUCAGCAAGAAACGCCACAGCAGCAAGACUGCAGAGGGAACAAAGAUCCAGUCCCACCCCAUCUCCGGAGAAAUACAGCUUCAAAUUCACUACGACAAGCAGCUCGGCAACUUGAUCGUUCAUGUCCUGCAGGCCAGAAACCUUGUCCCGCGUGACAACAAUGGCUACUCUGACCCAUUUGUUAAAGUUUAUCUUCUACCAGGGAGAGGUCAGGUCAUGGUUGUCCAGAACGCCAGUGCUGAAAACAAGAGGAGAUCCAAACAUGCGGGCAAGAGUAUCAACCCUGAGUGGAACCAGACUGUCAUCUAUAAAAACAUCCUCCUGGAGCAAUUGAGGAAGAAGACCCUGGAAGUGACCGUGUGGGACUACGAUAAAGGCUCCUCUAACGAUUUCUUAGGAGAGGUCCUCAUAGACCUGUCCAACACAGCCCAGCUGGACAAUGUCCCGCGGUGGCUCCCCCUGAAGGAGCAGAGCGAGGGGGACCACCACCGGCGCUCCCACUCAGGCCAGGGCCGACACGGUUCCUCUAAACCCUCCUCCCAGCACUCCUCCCCCAAAACCACCGGCUCCGCGCACGACAAUCAGGACUCCCCCAAAUCGUCCGUCAUCAAGAGCCGAAGCCACGGGAUCUUUCCAGACCCGGCCAAGGACACGCAGGUGCCCACUAUCGAGAAAUCUCACAGUAGCCCUGGCACAUCGAAGCCUUCCCCGUCCGAGGGCCAGAGCCAAAGCCACAGCCACGGACACAGCCAACACUCUCGCUCGCACGGCUCUUCACGCUCCAGCAAAAGCGCUGCACGGCAACACCAUCAGGACAGCGGCGCAGGAAGCGGCAGAGGCACUGCCAUAGCAGCGGGCGAUGCCCCACAGCAGUCGCAGCAACGCCUCCAACCAACUCGGUCGAGCUACAGAUCCAGCGACGCCCCGGUCACGGCUGCCUCGCUGGACAGCGGCCUGAGCGGCAGCGCCUACAGCCUGUUGGAUGAAGACGGAGAGAUGAACGAGGUGGACAGUGCCAUCUUCCAGGUGCCCAGAUUUGGAAAGAUCCCAAACGGCACAGACGUGAUGAAAUCAUCAAUGGGACACGGUGACAUUGAAGGUAAGUCCCAGGUAAUGGGGGAGAUAAAGAUCGCCCUGAAGAAGGAGGUGAAGACGGAGGGUGAGCAACUGGUCCUUGAGAUUCUACAAUGUCGCAACAUCACCUACAAGUUCAAGAGUCCAGACCACCUGCCUGAUCUCUAUGUGAAGCUCUAUGUGGUGAACAUCGCCACCCAGAAGAGGAUCAUCAAGAAGAAGACCAGAGUGUGUCGUCAUGACCGCGAGCCGUCGUUUAACGAAACCUUCCGCUUCUGUAUGAACCCCACGGGACACUCUCUACAGCUGUUCCUGGUGUCCAAUGGCGGCAAGUUUGUGAAGAAGACCCUGAUUGGGGAGGCUUAUGUGUGGCUGGACAAAGUCGACCUACGCAAGCGAGUCGUGAGCUGGCACAAACUGCUCGCCAGCACCGCCCAGAUCCACUCAUAGAAGGAGGCUCAAUCUGAAAGGAAAAAAAAACACACUAAACCUGAGAGGACGCGAGGAGGUUUCUGACAUCUUGGGACACUUGGGUUCAACAUCUGUAACACUGAUCCACUCCUGUCAGGCGGGGGGGAGGGUGGUUUGUGUGUGUGCAAGGGAGGCAAAAUAUCUCUUUCUUCGAUCUUUCUUUCAGGGCGAAUAGUUUUCAGAGGAUGCUUUCGUUGGUAAGCGCGGUUCUGAUGAUGAUUUCUGUCAUGCAGGAGGGAGUCUGGAGGAAGCAGUAAUGUGUUUACAGGGAGCGAACACAAGUUUACAGGACAUACAGUGUACAGUAGUGUAGCCAGGCUGAGGCUGAGGGGAACACGGAGUUCAGAGGUCAAGCGUGGAAUCAACCAGGUAUUACACACUUUAAUUCAUGAUACACACACUCGCAUACACGACAAGUUUGCACACAGUCAUUCACAGCAGAAGAGAAAUUUUAAUUCUACAGGGAAUGGACACACUCGUAGAUUUAUUUAGAUGUUUUAUCCAUGAAAUUGCUUUAUUAUGACCGCAGAGUUUUAUUGAUUUACAAAGCAUUUUGGGAAAAAGAAAUACUGAAGACUCCACCUAAGGAGGGCUCUUAUUUAUUUUUGUAUUAUGAUAUUAGCGUAGAGUUCUAUCAUUUGUCUUCUCCUCAAUUAUUUAAGUGCUUAAGAAUCUAUCCUGGGAAGGACGCAUAGUAUAUUUUAUAAACACACUACCUAGCAUUCCAAUUCAGGAGGAAAAAAAAAAUCUCAGCAAGCAUGACUUCAUUCACUCCGGACCCCAUCUUUUUUCUCGAGUUCUAUCAAAUUAUUGUUUGAUAAAGGAUCUAUAUUGAUAUAUAUAUCAGAUUGGACACUAUAUAUUGUGCGCAUGAGUCUAUUUGGUAUGCAGUGCCACAUGUUCUGCACCGAUUUAAAAAAAAAAAAAAAAAAACACCUCAAAGGUUCACUUUGUAUAUAGUGAAGUGUCAUAGCUGGACAUGAAUUAUAACAUAUAUAGAUAGAUAUAUAGAUAUCUUUAUCACAGACAAUCCAGUCUUGAUGAUUGUGACAUAGAGUUUUUAUUUAUCCACGACGCCCCUUAGAAUGUGACACGUUCACCACAUGAGAUUUUGAAGUAUUUCCUGUUUUUUUUUUUUUUCUUUGUGAGAUCCCGAGCAGUCUUGUAUCGUAGUCAACUCGCCAACGCACGCUUUUCGUGGUAUUUUGCACUUUUUUCUGCUUAGAAUGUAAAACUGACUUCACAGUCUGGCUGAAAAGGGGAGAUUUGCUUUCUUUUUUUUUCCAAAUGGGAGGGAGUAGAGAGGUAGAGAGACACAAUAUCAGGAGAUACUGAAGCGAACAAAAAAGAUCAGAUCCAUGACAAAGCACUAUUACCACUCUGAGAUACAAUAAUGCUAUUGCAGUAGCAUGCUGACUUGUUUUUUCAACAUACUUGUGUUACAAUUCAUUGUUGCAUCUUGAGGAAGGUCAUGCUGUGUGUUUGAGAGGCAGGUUAAUUCAGCAUUUUCAAACAAACUUCCUGGUGAAACUUAAUAUCUGAGGGAUUUCUAUGCAACCUCUACAGUCUAACAGGUGGUAACUGCAUCUUGACUUGCCAGAAAUGUGACACUUUGCGGAAGAGAACACAUUAGCAUCCGAUUCUCCUUGUGUUUUCAUGUCCUCCAUGAAAUGGUUAUUGCUUUAAUGUCAAUUUUUUUUAAUUUUAUUUAAGGUCUUCUUUUGUAUUGCUAUAAGAAUCUUUAUUUAUUGCCUGUGAGACUUUUUCAUAUUUGUUUACAGUACAUAUCAGUUGUACAUAAAAAAGGGUUGAUACUUUUGUUUUUUAUACACAAUGUAGUGCUUGUUUACACGGUUUAGAGGGCCUGAAACUCAGAGAACCAACAUUUUUGCCCUUGUGCACUGACACACACUCACAUAUUGAAAAUAACAUGCACAUACCCCGAACUUCACCUGGUUAUGAGUCAGUAUCAUCGAAAAUAACAUCUUCUAAUGCACCCCCCCCCCCCCUGAAUAGUUUCCUUUUUGCAGUGUAUGUUCGAGAAAUGACCAAAAAAGAAGACAACAUUGUAAUCAGUGAACCUGAAUUUACCUGACAUUAUCGUAGUUUUGAGGUCACUGUGUGUUUUUGUUUGCCUUAUUUUUUAUACACAUGUGCUCGUGUGCGUGUAGCAUCUUCAUACCAGGCCCAUGCAUGCCAUUGGCUGUAAUGCAUAUCUCUUCUUUUAAGUGUUGUCUGUCAAAAAAAAUUAACAACUUUAAAAUCUCUCGUAACACACACAAGAAACACACACACAAACACAGACACGCAGAUGCCAUCUCUCUAUUUCCAACCUUGUAAAUACAAAGCUUUUUUAUACUGGAGUUUGGGGAGCAAUAGGUCUUUUAGCAGACAAAUAACGGUAUGUGAUCAUAGCAGUAAAAGGAAGUUGUUUUUCUUUCGAUCAAUGUACAGUGGAAGUGACUUCACGUCUGCCUAUAGGGACCCAGAUUUACCCGACCCUUUACACCAAACACUAAAGGUUUACCAGAGUCUAACUACACCCGAGUCUAUCUUAACAGCUCAAGCAGUUGCAGGAGAAUUUAAAUGUGCUCACACUGGAUGUUGCAUGUUUUGUUGGUGGUUCAUACUAUUUUUGUGUCCAGAUAUUAUUAAAGAUUAAAAAAAAAACAAAAAAAAAACACGAAGAGUGAGGUAGAGGAAGAUAUAGAACAAAAUGUUAUAGAAAGAGGAAAUUAUGAAGAAAUCCUAUUCAAAUUAUUGAUGACGUAUGCUGACUGUACAAAGAUUAUGCUUGUAAAACCUGUCUGGUUUUCCACUUGUAAGUAAACAGAUAAAAAAAACAAUAAAAUCUACUGUCAUGGUUUUGUGAUUGUAUACAGGAGGUAUUGAUAAAUUAUGCAAAUUGUGCUGUAAAAAUGGCUGUUGCCCCAUGUCUAAAUAUUAAAUAUCAGUACAAAUGAGGUGUUGUUGUGGUUUGACUUUGUCAUACACUGCAUUGUGUAAAUAGUGUUGAUUCUGACACAAUUUAUUGAUUCUGACACAGUUUUAUUUUGAAAACUCACAGCUUCCACAGGUGGUCUCAUAUAAUUUCAUAGCAAUGAUAUGAAGUAUCAGCUUAAGACCACAAGAUGGCACCACAUGCUUUCUCUUUGAGCAUGUCCAAAGACUUCUAAGUCCAUGGUAGCAUCCUUACAGGUGCCUGCACAGAUGUUGGUACACAUGCACAGAUGUGUUUUCAUUCACUCUUUGUUUAGAGAAUCAGUAGAGGCCUGCUGUUUGCUUUGACUUGUGAAAAUACAAAAGCUUAAAAUGAUUAAUUAGAAAACGUGACGGGAGUGGGAGGGCAUUUUAACUGACUAAAUUAGCACGGCUAAAAUAAAAAGGCGUCAAUAGAAAUGUCUGCCUGGUUUCUAGAAGCGGACAGUGGACAGCUCGUGCAUCACAGUAUAAAAGACAAUGCGGACGCGCUGACGUAAUCGGUAUCUGGCUAACUGGCUUCACCGGCCGCACUUCCGGUUUCGUGCCCGUUUAACUUGAGGGGGGACAAAACGAUUUAAAGAAAAUCUCAUGAACUUAAGAGCAUUAUCCAUGAGGUGUGUCUGCAGCGCCUCCAUAACACAGGAGAGGACGGAUUAAGUGUGGCAGCACCUGCUGGGCGGUGACUCUGCAGCUGCAGCUACAAACCACCUGCUUCUGCCUUCUGAGUGUUUUAAAAUGAGUCAGGGAGAUAUGUUUCUUAUAAACACACAUCACCUCAACACCUUAGACAACUUUUGAAUCAAACAUAAUAAAGAUUAUUACCCCCCCGCUUUUUAAAUCAA